CGGAAUACAAAAAUCUCCAUUAAAAAUCAGAAAAUCAAAGUAUUGUUAGUUAUUUAAAUUUUGAAGAAGAACGAAUAGUUUUCAUUAUAAAAAAGUAAAUGUUCGAAGUAUCUUACUUCAAGAUAUGCAAAUAAUAAUGAAAUAGAGUCUAGACAGAUGAAAGCAAUACAUAACUGUUGAACCAAAUCAUAAAGAAGUAGGAUAAAGAUGCCCUAUUACAGUUGAUAAUUAUUAAUCGUUCAGUGAACACUAAUCAUGAUGGAUUAUGAAUUUAAAAUGAAAACUCAAAAAGAUAGAAUUAAAGUUGAAGAUUUAUUUGAAUUCGAGGGCUGUAAAGUUGGUCGAGGAACCUAUGGCCAUGUCUACAAGGCUCGAAGAAAAGAAGGAGUACCGGAUAGUGAAUUAAAAAGUAGACCAGAUACGAAAGAUUUUGCAUUGAAACAAAUUGAAGGUACUGGUCUUUCUAUGUCUGCUUGUAGAGAAAUUACACUUCUUAGGGAACUUAAGCAUAUAAAUGUUAUUACUCUUAUUCGAGUAUUUUUAUCACACAAUGAUCGGAAAGUUUGGUUACUUUUUGAUUUUGCAGAGCAUGAUUUAUGGCAUAUUAUAAAAUUCCAUAGAGCUGCAAAAGCUAAUAAAAAACAAAUUAUGGUACCAAAGGGCAUGGUAAAAUCCUUACUAUAUCAAAUAUUGGAUGGUAUUCAUUAUCUACAUUCCAAUUGGGUUCUUCAUAGAGACUUAAAACCUGCUAAUAUAUUAGUAAUGGGUGAAGGUAAUGAAAGAGGUCGAGUCAAAAUUGCUGACAUGGGUUUUGCUAGAUUGUUUAAUGCUCCUUUAAAACCUCUUGCUGAUCUAGAUCCUGUUGUAGUAACAUUUUGGUACAGAGCCCCCGAAUUACUUCUGGGAGCUAGGCAUUACACGAAAGCAAUAGAUAUAUGGGCUAUAGGUUGCAUCUUUGCAGAGCUUUUAACAUCAGAGCCAAUUUUCCACUGUAGACAAGAAGAUAUAAAAACUAGUAAUCCAUAUCAUCAUGAUCAACUGGAUAGGAUAUUUAAUGUUAUGGGUUUCCCAUUAGAAAAAGAUUGGGAAGAUAUAAAAAAAAUGCCAGAACAUCAAACAUUAUUGAGAGAUUUCAAACGUUCUAAUUAUGCUAAUUGUUCAUUAACAAAAUAUAUGGAUCGUCACAAAAUCAAGCCAGAUAGUAAAGCAUUUAAUUUGUUACAAAAAUUGUUAAUGAUGGAUCCAAAUAAAAGAAUUACAUCAGAACACUCUAUGCAAGAUUCUUAUUUUCAAGAAGAUCCACUACCUACUCAAGAUAUAUUUGCGGGAUGUCCUAUUCCAUAUCCAAAAAGAGAAUUUUUAACGGAUGAUGAUACUGAAGAUAAGACUGAUAAUAAAACUAGACAAAACCAACAACAAACACAACAAAAUCAACAGCAGCAGGGUAAUGGAGAACAUAGUCAUGGACAAAAUCCCAAAAGAGUUAGACUGAAUGGUCCUCAUGGGGCACCAGAAUUUCAUCAGCAUCAAAGUCAUACUAUGACACAUCAACAACCACCUGGUAUGGUUUAUUCGACUGCACAACCUACCCAACCUUCUAAUUUCCAUCAACGUUUUUAAUAGGUGACUACAAAUUAUUCAAGAAUAAAAACUACCCAAUAAUUGUAUUUCAUGAACUCGUUGACAGAUGCAGUGACGCAUGUCGCAAUUUCUAUGUAUAUUAAAUUAAUAUGCAUCCUUUAUCAUAUUAAAAAUUUAUUUAUAGAAGAAAUUCAU